AUGGCCGGAAAGCAAAAUCUAACACCAUCGGAACGCUUUGCCAAAUUAAUGAACGUUAUUCAAUUAUUUGCCAAAUUGGUUGGGGCAAAUGUUCUCGAUCCAAAUUUUCGAUUAAAUUCAUUGACCGCGAUUAUGUACAUCUUGUGUUUUGGCUUUUUCUCAUUCAAUUUCUACACGAUUUAUGUGGGUGUAUUCAUCGAUAAUAAGUACACAAUAAUUCUGCAGAGUUUGUGUAUCAUCACAGUUGGAGUACAGGGGGUUACCAAACACAUGAGUGCCCUUUUGAAUGCCAAGUUAAUGUCGUACAUUUGUUCCGAAUUGCAAAACCUGUACGAAGAAUUUGAAUGCAAACAGCAAAGCUAUAUUGACCUAUUGAACAAUAAUCUGGUCUUGGUGAAACGUACGAUUUUUGUCCUGUUCCAAGUCAAUUUUAUUUUGACAGUGGCGGCUUUUGCGAUACCCAUAUUCUACUAUUUGGUGCUGAAUGAAGAAAUCGAUAUAAUAAAACUAAUGGUACCGGGUGUCGAUCCGAACACUGCUAAAGGUAAUAUCACCUAUCGAAUAUUUCACAACGACGAUAUAACAGACAUUGUAUACGAUUGCAAGUGGUAUGAUCUUUCGGUGUCGGAGCAAAAAAUGGUACUCAUCAUGUUGAGGGUGUCGCAAAAUCCACCCAUUAUGACAAUUGGUGAUUUGAUGCCGUUGAGCAUGAAUACGGCCUUGCAAUUGACCAAAUCGAUUUACACCAUUGCUAUGCUUUUAAAUGAAUUUGUGCAAUAA